AUGAGAAGUUAUGUUAUCUGGGAAAAAUGGCCCACGGGACUUGACCUCAACCUCACACUCCUUCCCCAGUCACUGAAGGCGGUCGGCUACUCAACACACGCAGUCGGCAAAUGGCAUCUUGGAUUUUGCUCAUGGGCAUACACUCCUUUAGAAAGAGGAUUCGAUACAUUCUAUGGAUUUUACUCUGGUGGUGAAUACUAUUAUUCCCAUAUUCGUCCACCCAUCGACAUAAGUGGGGAUGAUCUCUGGGCAUCAUGCGAGGAGGCUGCUGCAGAAAACGUCACAUUGGGAUACGACUUCAGGAACAACACCGAGCCGGAUCUGAGUGCCGACGGGACUUACUCAACGUACCUGUUCUCUUCCUACGUGGAGAAGCUCUUGUCGUCACUGAAUCCUGAGGCCCCCAUGUUUCUGUACCUGGCCUUCCAGAGCGUUCACUUCCCCAAUGAGGUUCCUGAGAUCUACACAGAACCAUACAGCUACGUUCAAGAUGAACAACGCAGAAUCAAACUCGCUUUAUGGUUCAAGCUUCUUCAAUGUGGCUUGUGUAGAUCAACCUCUUGGAACAAAACUUACCGACUCUUAACUUUGGUGGGACUGCCUCAUGGAUUUGAAGACUGA